AGUUUCUCGGCUUAUAUUAUAGGACGUGUAGCUAGCUCCAUUAGUGGCAGGUUGUGCCUGCGGGCGGUGGUCUUCAGGCCAUGUCUGCCUUACAGAAGAUCGCGGAGAUCGAGGCCGAAAUGGCCAGGACGCAGAAGAACAAAGCGACGAAUGCGCACUUGGGCUUGCUAAAGGCGAAGCUGGCCAAGCUGCGGGCCACCAUCGUCUCCGAGGGCACCAAGGGCUCCGGGGGCGGGGGCGGCCAGCAGGGCUUCGAGGUGUCAAAAACCGGAGACGCCCGAGUGGGCCUGAUCGGAUUUCCGUCCGUCGGCAAGUCCACCUUGCUGAACAAGAUGACCGGAAGCGCCAGCGAGGUGGCUUCCUACGAAUUCACAACCUUGACCUGUGUUCCUGGCGUCUUCAACUACAAGGGCGCCAAGAUUCAGCUCCUCGACCUGCCCGGAAUCAUCGAAGGCGCCAAGGACGGCAAAGGACGAGGAAAGCAGGUGAUUAGUGUCGCAUACAGCUGCAGCCUGAUUCUCAUCGUCUUGGAUGUCAUGAAGCCUAUCUUGCACAAGCGCAAGAUCGAGUACGAGCUCGAGGGCUUUGGGAUCCGGCUCAACAAGAAGCCGCCGAACAUCCUUUUCAAGAAGCGGGAGAAAGGUGGCAUUGCGCUGACUUUGGCUCCAGGCUGCGAGCUGAAGGACUGCGACGAGGACAGCAUUCAGCAGGUGCUCCGGGAGUACAGAAUAUCCAACGCGCAGGUCUCUAUCCGAUGCAAUGCCACUAUGGAUGACAUUAUCGAUACGCUGGAGGGCAACAGGAAGUAUUGCCCGGCAAUUUAUGUGAUGAACAAGAUUGAUCAGAUCACCAUUGAAGAGCUCGAUAUCAUUGCCGAGGUUCCUCAUCAUGUGCCCAUUUGUGCACACCAUGAGUGGAACCUGGAUGGUCUCGUGGAGAUGGUCUGGAAGUACAUGAGUCUGCUGAGGAUAUAUACCAAGCCCCGCGGGCAGAUCCCGGACUACACAGCUCCGGUGAUUUUGCCGGCGGAGAAAAACAAGAUCGAGGAUUUCUGUAUCAGAAUCCACAAGUCCCUCCUAGCACAGUUCAAAGUGGCUAUGGUGUGGGGCAUGUCUGUGAAGCACAAUCCUCAAAGAUGCGGGAAAGACCACGAACUCAUGGAUGAGGACGUUGUUCAAAUCAUCAAGAAGGUCGGGUGAGAUGCAUCACACGUUUCACAGUCUGAGACUUAGGGGAGACUGCUCGUUGUCUCUUCAUCUGCAA